UUGUUCUAUUAGGCUUGAUGCAAGUUGACAUUUGCAGACUUGAUGCAACUUGUUUAAUCAACUUGCACCACGCAGGCUAGUCAACAUGCAGCAAGCCUUGAUUUCAACAGGCUUGCUGCAAGUUGAUGACGCGUUAGCAGCUUGUUGACAACUUGCAGCAAGCUGGUAAAAUCCACAACUUGCAGCAAGUCUGUGGCGACUAUGCGGAUUUUACCAGAUAUCCAGUCCGCACAAUUAGUUCAAUCCGAUCCGAUGCGAUGCCUAUUCUUGCGUUUAAAACUUGUGCUCUACAAUUGCCUGCCAAAUAAAAAGGUCCAUACAACUAUGUGACUUCAGCCCAGACCUAGGCUUCCUCAGCUAUUUUUAUUUGCAGCGCUCUUUUCACACGAGAGCUAUCCCAAAAUAGACCAUGCGAAAGUCAGCCGGUAAAGGUCCUGGUCAUUGCGCAGAAUUCACAUCAAAAGUGAUAUAUAGUUCUAGGAAAAUUAAGGAAUUUCAGAACUCAAACCUGAACUCGUGCCAUGGUCUAUUUCUGACCAAUGAGAAUCAAUAUUACACGGAAAAAGGAAACAUUUCUGCACUUCUCAAUUCCGGCAUUCCGGUCUGGCCUCCUAACCCGCAAGGGCCAAGCGCCUGUUUUGCAAGGCUGCGAGAGGAGGGUUUAAUUUGUACAAAUAUUAAUUAAUUAAAGAUUUAAAGGAUCAAAUUAUGGCAAAUAGCGAUACGAUUGAGUCGUAUGAUAAUGCUGCAAGUGUCGGUAAAAACGAAGGCAGUAUAAACACGGAUAAAGACGAAACAAAGCAGCAAGAAGGAAGCAAAAUGAAAACGGACGAAAUCAACUUGACAGUUGACAACGAAGACGGGUCAGAAUCCGAAAGAAGGUAGUUUUGAGUUUAAUAUGAUGAUUUGAAUCGCAACAUUUGAAGUGAGUUGUACUGGUAUAUUAACUAGAUAAAGAGUUCUUAUCUAAUUUGAAGGGUUGAACAACAUUUCAAGGUAGCAAUUGCAUUUCGCACUUCCGGACUUUUUCCGCUCAAUCUUCGUAUUGAUACCCCCUACAGUCUGUAGACAACGUUCUCAAAAGGAUAUAAAAAACAUUGAAUACAGAAUACCGAAUAUCAUAAACAAAGAUUGCAUUCUAUCAUUCUAUUAAGCUAUACGCCAGACGUAUAUGCUAAAGGAGACGACUAAUACUAAGAUACUCUAGCAUAUUUACAAAAUGAUCAGAAUAUACAGGCUAUAAACCAUAACUUUGUUCCUGGUUCAAUUUCCUGGUUAUUUUAAUUAACCUUGUUCUUGCCAUAGCCAGAUUAAUUUGACCAGGACUUCCUUAUUGUUUAAUUAUAACCAGGCUAUGUUAGGUGGAUAAAUAACUAAAUAACCAGCUACACGUGUAAAAACGCACAAGUUGUUACAGACUUGCAGGUCUGCAAACAAGUUGUUACAAAUCUGUUCACAAGCUGUCAACAAGUUGUGUUCGCACUGCUUGUUCCCAGUUGUUGUAACAAGUUUGGAACAAGCUGUUAACAACUUGUAACAAGCUUGAUGGCAUAAUAUUAUCUGACUUGUCACAAGGUUGUUCUAAUAAGUCUGAUACAGUCAUGAUAUAACAAGAAUGUUACAAGGUUGACCAGACAAGGUUGUAACAAUAUUGUUAUAUCAUGACUGCAUUGGACUUGUUGGAAUAACCUUGCAACAAGUUUGAUAAGGUUAGCACUUUUUUCCAUCCAGCAAACCGCCUUAUUGAUUUUCUAAAGUCGGUUUUUUAAAAAUUUGUUUAAAUUAGGUUAGGGUAGGGUUUGGGUUAGUUACAUACUAGACAUUUAACUCCUCUUCUAUCUUCCGAAAAUGACGCCAGGUCAGUUUGCUGAUGGAAAAUAGUGCUAACCAUCUGAUAAUAUCAACAAACUGGCAGCUUGUUGGCAGACUUGCUACAAGAUGUGAGAUAUUAAGCAAAAAUAUGCAAAAAUCUCACAUCUUGUGGCAAGUCUAGCUUCCCAUCUAGAAUAGUCUGGUUAUUUCCUGGUUAGAUUAACCUAACUAUGGUAGGAUGUGAGUCCAGAUAAAAUUACAAAGAAAUUGCACCAGGAAUAAUAAGUUAACCUAAACUGUGUUAUUUCCCUAAGGUUAAUAAUAUACACACUAAUGAAAAAAUUUCUCAGUUUUGAUUGGCUAAGAGCUGUACAAUUUUUUCAAAAUACAGUCCCAGAAAUGAAAUACAGUCAGAUACAGCCAUUUCUAACAGAAAAUAAUACAAAAAACCAAACAUUUACAAGUGACAAAAAUGGCUGGCAUUUUUAGUAGAUUUUCUAUUAAAAUUAUUUAUAUUAAAAUUAACUAUUUAAAAGAAUAGGGCAUUUAGUUAAUAGGCAGAUUAGUAAUGUCCAACCAUCCUGGAUCACUAAGAAUAUAUUUCUUUAAAUAUCUGUUCCUUUGUGGUCUUUAUUGAAUACUACAAAAGUUGCCAGCAGCUGUUUACCUUAGUGGUUGUAUGUGCUUUGAUAUUUUUUGUUGAAAACAGUUUGUAUAUGACAAAUAAUUCCAGCUGCAUGUUCUUUAACAGCACACAUACAUGAAAAUAGGGGUUGAAAUUUUAAUAAUUUAUAAUCGCCCAUGUGGCGGCUACCACUCACUCACUCUGCAUAAGAUCAUUAAGAUGUGGUUGCCAAAUUUAAUAUCAGGUAGCCCUAAAUCAAUGUGUUAUGUAGUAUUCUCUUUGUAUAUAGAAAACAUAAACAGUUGUUUAAGUUGGCAAAUUUUAUGCAAAUUAAAGCAAAAUGGAAUAAAUGCUUGAUUUAUAACGAGACAUUCAAGGCUUUAGAAUAACAUUUAAUUUGGAAUAACAGUUUUUUUCUCAAUUGCCAUGAGGGCUAGAUGACAAAUAUUGUUGCAUUGGUGACCUCAGGUGGUACCCGCUCAUGUCAACCCCUGAUGGCCUGUUUUGAUUGGCUAUUAUAGCCUGUCAUGAGAAUUAUAACUGCAGAAAAGAUACCAUAAUUUGACUUUAAACACAAAUAGAUGUGGAUUACUACAAGACCGCGUAAGGCUGCAGGAAAAACUACACAGUCACAGAUUUCAAAUGAUAAUCAUUUCUCUGGUUGCUCUGGAUUUUCUCAUCGUGUUGGUUCAGUUAUUGAUGGACAUUCAAGUUCUCAAAGGAGGUCGGGAUAAAAGUUUUGUAAAAUUAUCUUUUUACUAUAAAUUUCUCCAUCCACAUCAUAAUUUCAAGUAGUUGUCAAAUUUUAUUUAAUUCUUUGAGGUUUAAUAUUUUAUUAUCUCAGCAAUGUUUCAGACGGUUUUAUCAUGAGGCAGUUGCAUCCCCCCCCCCACUCCACUCCGCCUCACAUUUAUGGAAAAUAGAUGAUUUGUUGGAAAUUUUAACCUGAAAAAAUUGGUUAAAACAUCCAGUUACCAACCAAGCACUAGUUACCAUAAUUUCUGUGCUUGGGGCAACGCCUUCUUCUAAAAGUGCCUAAAUCUUCCAUGACAACAUUGGCAUUUCCGCUUGACAACAUUUGAAUUUGCAUGCCCUUGCCCCCUUGGUAACUUGUGCGUUUCAACGAUCAAACUGCGCGGUAAAACUUCCUGUCUCUAAGCUCAACUGCAAAUCGCAAUAUGCAUUUCAAAUUAAUUGCUCUCUUAGUCAGUCGAAGUGUUUUUGAAGUGUGAAGUUUGAAUAUGAAAUGAGAAAAAAAUGGACUUAAACCGCAUCAUCCCUUAAAUCACCGAGUUGAUGUACCAAUGAACUUCGAACUUCUGAAAUGCUUUUUUAAGUUGGACAUCAACAAGAGAAAAAUAUAAACAUGACACAAUUCUGACACAUGUAUUUCAUUAGAGUUUUAAUUAAUAUUUUCAGAAAAAAAGCAUACUAUUCAACGUUACAUUUGACCUUUCAUGAAAUUUUUUGGUUCCCAGUUUUUCAAAAGCCCAUGUUUUUCUUUCUAAGCAUAUAAAAAAGGGGAAAAACAACUUUUAAACAUCUGUAGGAAAGGGAAAUAUGUAUUUCAUUUUAGUUUAAAAGCUGAAACAGCAUUUUAAACAUACUUUUAUAUGCAAACAUUUUUGAAGGAAAGCACUUUUGCUUUUUCAUGUUCCAACAUUUUUUCGAAGUUUUCAAAGAAAAAAAUCAUUCAGAUUAAUGCUGUACAAAAGUGUGGAGGGGAAAUAUUCAGGAUUUUUGUCACUCGUGUCAUAUAAACAACAAAUAUCAAACAUGUUUGAUAUUUUCUAUCAUUCGUGUGUGGCGAACAGCUCAGCGCAACUUUUGGCAGCAAAGAAGUGCGCAUGUUGUUUUGGGGAAUAUCACACAUACGCACUUAUCACACAUACGCACCCUGCGAAAACUUGGGACGAGGUGUGUGGCGCACAUUAACGACAUUAAUUUAAUUUACAAUUUUUAGUGGAUCAUGAUCAUGUUGGUAUUGAAGUUCUUCAUUAUAUGAGUAUUGUUAUUUUGGGCCUGUUUUUGGUUGAGGUGGGUAGCUAUAAAUGGGGGAAUUUACCAGGGGUUUCCCCGUCAUAACGAUCUGUUUGUUCCCUCACCCCCUUUCCCCCUCUUUCAAUUCAAACUUAAGUUUUGCAUCUAAUUGUUGAGUUUCAAAGUCAUUGUCAAAUAUAAAAAUUGAAAUAUCACCGCAUACCGCAUAUAGAUGCUUUAUAAUUGAAAACAUAAUCUGGCAGUGAUAAUAAGGACAGUAUACUUUUCUUAUAUACCACAAGAUUUUGAGCUGUUAACAGUGAAAUAAUUUUCUUCAACUUCAUUCCUUAAAGAUCGUGGUGAAAUUGUAUGCCUUUGGACUGGAUUUUUUUCAUCAUAAAUUGGAAGUAAGUUAAUAAAUAAUGAGCUUUACAUUCGAUAGUAUUUCACAGAUUAGGGCACGUUGUAGUCUUAUGACUUAUCUAUAAUGCUGAAUUAUAGUGAGAGUGUCAUGAUUACUUACAAACACUACAAUGUGUUACACUACAAUAUACCCGAUCUCGGCUCGGGACCGCUAUAGGGUGUUUUUUGUUUUGUUUUUGUUUUUUUAUAGUUUUUCUAUUAUUUAACUUUCUAUUAUAUUAACUUUAAAUAGUUUAUUAUUAUUAUUAACGUUUUCUUUGGGUUAGCAAUAUAUAUAUUCUGCUGACCCCAGCUAAUAAUCCUCAUACUGAGGGGUGUGCUGUAUUGGAAGAUAUGGGAAAGUUAAUAUUUUACAAUAGAUAGCACCAUACCAAUACAGCCAUUUGCAGUUGCAUUGGGCGUACAGAUGAGUAAAGUUUGAGAGAAGUUUGAGAACAUCCAGUUUGACUUAAUUUAAUUAAAGAAUCUAUCGAAAUUUCAAAUUCUCGAUCUGUCCAUUUUGAUACUAAAUUACUGAUAAUUCAAAUCUCUCUCAAAAUUUGCAAAGAUAGAACGCAGUCAUGGCUCCUAGCUUGUUUAGUGGUUAGAUUAGUCAGUUUACGAGCGGGUGGAGUUGUUCCUUGAACAGUGGGCCGAGUUGGUUAGUGGGCCGAGUUGACUGUAAACCAUAUUCUGUAGCUUAGGACGAAAAGUAAUAUCUGCGUAUUUGUGAUUUAGGUUUUUGAUGCUAUUGUUGUGAUUGUGUCUUUUGCCUUGGACAUAGCAUACAGGUAUGAAAAUUGAAGUUGCAUAAUUACUGUAAUGGUUUUUGGCGAGCCAGCUUUCUUGUGUAAAAUCAGCUCAGCAAAGCCUGCCGAAGUCAAAGCGAGCUAACUUGGGUACCCAGGCUGGCUCGCCACCAUAUAAACAGCUCUUAAUAGAAACAUCUCUCAAAUGAGGACAUCUCUUUCUAAGGCAGUCGUGACCUGAGCUUACUGGUUGAUGUUUUGUGCCAUUCUACAUUGCAAUUAAUUAAUAUUUCAUCCACAGUGGCAAUAUGGACGCCUGGGAUGCUGUCGGUCUGUUGGUUCUCCUCAGACUUUGGAGAGUUGUGAGAAUUGUUAACGGUAUGUUUUGCUGCGAUGUCCAGUGCAAGUUAUGAAUUUUGGCAAAGUAUAUUUGAUUAUAUUUUUUUGCAAUUUAAGGAAUCGUUUUAUCUGUGAAAAUUGAAAUGGACGAGAAAAUGCACCAUUUAAAAGGGGAGAUCACUGAACUACAAACACAACUGGAGCAGUAUAAAAACAGAUGUAAAGAACAAGAGGUAAUGGUUGAUACUGAGAGAUAUAACUUCUCUAUUCGUGUAUUAAGUCUUUGGGUGACCAUGAGAAACUUUGCUAAGACCAUGGCAAACGUGUUUUUUUUGUGUGUUUUUGGGUUUGGUUAUUUUGGGGGUUAUUGGUUGCUUCUAAAACGUUAACGAUUUCCAGUCAAACCUGAACUUUUGAAACUCGAAAAUGAAAAGAAACGGCAUGCCAAAUGGUAGCUCGCAAAUUGUAGUUUUUAAUGUACAAGUCAGACUGGUCAGUAUAUAUAUUAACUAGAAAUACAUGCAUGCAGCAACCACACGUACGUACCCUUCGCCUUUAUUUUCCAAACUUUGUUUCAACAUGAGGUACAGACUGUACAGUAUCUUGCAAACAGUAGUAUUUACUUGAAUUGUUUUCUUUCUUAGGGUAAAAUCACAGAACUGGAACUUAGUAAAACGUGAAGUUGAAUUGAAAAUUGGAAUUGACAAAUUAUCAUACUGCACUACAUAUUAUUAUAGAGCAAGAAUUUCGAGAAAAGGUUAAGCCUAUAUUAACUUCCAAACGCAUUCAGACCAAAGCCAAAGGAAAAGGUUUUGUCAUUUUUUCAGUCAGGUAAUAUCUUGGGAAAAAUUCGUAGACUUAAUUUCUAAAUAUUUGCACACUUAGGAAAUAUCAUACCUCAACAAACAUAUUGUUCUAGGGGGACGGGCUAGAUAUGAAAUCAGCAAAAAUAGCAUGGAAACUAGCAAUAUUUCGGCUGUAAUACAUUUUGAUUGGCUCGCUACUGUUUCGCAACUGUAAGAUGGUUUUGGAAACGCCUUUUGAUGGUUUUGAUGAGCUGGAAUAUUUAUUGCAUUUUUGCUGAUAUAAUUGGUUAGCUAAUAACUAUUGACCCUAUAUCAUUGUAAAGAACAUUUAACGUGUAAUAACUGUGGUUAAUCGUGUGACAUUCAAACGAUCUAUUACGAUCAGGAUACGUGACACCGAGCCGCGAUUUUCCGAGGGCCAGACUAAUCACAACUCACUAAUUACAAUAAAAUUAAUUAAAAAAAAUAAAAUUAUAAUUAUUUCCCAUAGUAACGGGAAGUAAUUCAAAUUAUUUCUGAAAUAGUAUGGAUUUCAUUGAAUUAAUAGCUCUCCUCAUCACGUGUACGUCCUAAAGAGCAAAGGCUAAAACUCCGAUCAAACGCAUAAUUGUUACAGGGCCAGCCAGGGGUAUUUCAAGCUCUAGAUUAACAAAAUGUGAAAAUAUAGAUUUGACGAGUGUUCCAGUUAUGUAUUAAUAUAAAUAGAAAACAUGGUAGUGUUGGGACUUGGGAAAUAAUUAAGAACAGCUAUUGAGAUUUGAGUGUUGUAGAUUUGUAGUAUUGAUUUGAUGCACUCUCGUAGUCCUCGUUUUAAUAAUACGACCUACGUGCUCUAGCUUUGUGUGAAUUUUUAGCAAUCCCACGUACAAUAAUGAGAUUCUGAUGAGAUCUUUUUGUUUUAAAUAAUAACAAUAACUUUAUUCAAAUGUUUGUUUUAAGAAUGCGUGCACUGAAGUUAACCGAAGCAUGACGAAAUAUUGGUCUGUUUAAUUAAUAAAUCACAAGCUGGGCAGAACUAUAACGGAA